UGCUACGGCGACGGCGAGGUUCAGCUUGAGCGAACUCAAACAUCAUCGCCGUCGUCUUCAUCCUUUCAAUCUGCGCCAUGGCCAGUUGUUUUAUUGCGGAGGAGGAAUGUCACCUAAAUAUAUUAGUCUCCGGUCUCCAUUGCACUCAAACCCAGUGCUUUUAUUUAACAAGCAGAGGAAAUUCUAUGUUAAUUGCAUAGACCAUUCCCCAACAAAAUAUGCGAGUGACGAGGAUGAAGCCUUACAAUUGCAAUCCUUGAACCACGAGGAACCCCAAUUGGGGAUUUCGGUCGGCGGGCUAGAUUCUAUUGGACCCAGACCGAACAGAUUUCAGAAUAGGUUCUUGAAUUUCGCUCGGCUGGGGACUGUGAUCAGUGAUGCGGCGGAAGCUUUUUUCAAGAGUGAGAUAGCGGCGACGUUGUUUGUGACGGCUGUUCUGAUCCUCGACCGUAUCGGCUAUUUUAUUCCACUACCUGGUUUCGACAGAAGACUCAUUCCUGAUAAUUACCUUAGCUUUGCCGCUGGAUCUGUGGAUGAGCUUGGCGACUUUACGUCAGAGCUGAAAUUGUCGCUUUUCCAACUUGGAAUCAGCCCUCAGAUAGCAGCAUCAAUCAUCAUGCAGGUACUUUGCCACAUUAUUCCAUCACUAGUCAAACUGCGGAAGGAAGGGUUAGAUGGCCAUGAGAAGAUUAAAAGCUAUAUAUGGUGGAUCUCACUGGGGUUCGCAAUACUUGAAGGUGUCAUUGUUGCAUGUUAUUCACUCCAGUACUCUGUAUAUGCUGCUAGCCACAGAUUCAAGCACGUCAUUGUGACAAGCUUCUUCUUGGUUCUCGGCGCAAUGUCUAUGACUUGGAUCUGUGAUACCAUAUCAGAGUCAGGCUUUGGUCAAGGAUCAUCAUUGAUAAUAUGUGUGGGAAUAUUGACUGGCUACACGGAUACAUUGCACAAGAUGCUGUCUCAGCUUUCAGGAAGUGCGAUAAACUGGUGGCCUUAUGUACUAGCGGUAUUUGGAAUAUUCACAAUAGUCACUAUGUGGGCUGUGCUAGUUACUGAAGGCUGUAGGAAGAUCAAAUUACAAUAUUAUGCUUUUAAGCUGGCUUCCGAUACAAGGUCUUAACAAUUCUGUUAUAUCUAUAAAUACUAUUCUAUAAAUACUUUUAAUUUUCUUUAAUUUUU